AUGGAAACCGACCUUCCACUCCCCCUGUCUCCGGCCUUUCUUAAAGUAACCAGGGUACGUGCUCAAGUCUGCCCCAGGGUAUGCGCCCCCAACUUGACCCACAGCGUGACCCCCAGGCCCGCGGGACGCUGGGCAACCCGCGCCGCACGCUCCACCCUCCGCGUGGUUCCAUCAGCUAGCCCAACCCCCGGCCCGCCCCCGGCCCGCUCCCUGCGCCCCACCCCGGGCCCGCCGCGCUCCGCCCCGCUCGCUCCACCGCUGCGCCCGGCCGUCCGGUCGCUGGGCGGCUCCCGCGGCUCCCGGGGCUCCAGCGGCAGCCCCUCCUGUCUCCAUGGCGACGCGGCGUCCCAGGCUCGCAGCUCUGAACCCAGCGCGGGCUGCGAGCGGGUCUGGCCCUCCUGGUCAACCCUUCGAGGGAUCUCCUUGGCAGGGUCGCCAGCGGGUUGGGGCUCUGGAGCCCCACGGCUGCCGAGGCACCGCCCGAGAAGUCUUGACCCUGAAUUUUGUAUUCCAGAAAUCCCCAGAAACUACCUAGACAAGAAAGAUGUUGUAAAGGCAUCAAAAAGCAGACCGAAUGGCACAUUGCUAGUGUUUGACCCAAAGGAAAAAGUGAUGAUUGACCCAAAUAAAACAAUGCCACAAUGCUUUGGACGAAGACCAAGGUUGGCAAGCAAGCUUUAUAGUUCCCCAACACAGAUCUCCCUGGGAAUAGCUAAUACAUUCUCAGCAAAGAAAGAACUCUGUGCAAAGAAGACUGAAGAUAAAGUCUCUUCAAAAAGUUCGGAAAGCAGACCAUCCUCAAGGAGUAUUGAAAAUAAGGAUGUCUUAACCAAUCAGCAAUCUGACCUGUGGUUAUCUUCCUUCCUUAAAGAAAGAGCAGGCGAAGUGGACAAAGAUACAAUCCUUGCAAAGCACGAGAAAAACAGUGCGUAUUGCCUUGAGGACAUCGAGGAGAAGUUGUCGGGUUCGACGGACGGCGAUGAUGACGAUGACACCAAUGACGAAGAUGACGAAGGCCCCACUAAAAAGGAGACUCGUGCCCCGCUAGAGUUGAUGGCAGAAUUCCUGAGAGCAGAAAUGGGCCGAGACUACCAGCUGGCCAAAAAGUUAUGUCAGAUGAUCCUAAUCUAUGAACCAGAAAAUCCUGUGGCCAAGGAAUUUUUCUCACUUAUUGAAGAAAUAUUGCUAAAGGAGAAAGCUCAGAAGCAGGAGGAGGAGGAGGAAGAGGACAGCGAAGAGGGCACCAGCAGCGAGAGCGAGGCGGAGAGCAGCGAGGAAGGGAGCGAGGACAGCUCCGACGAGUGUGAGGACGGGUCCUGA